AUGGAGCCUAACUGGAAAGAAAUUGGAGAAAAUAUAGGGAAGUAUGUUGACGAUGAGCAAUUCUUGUCGAAAACAAAGCCUCAAGAUAUUUGCAAAGCUCUUAGUUAUGCAAAAUUAACUUGUUGCCAAUUUUCAACAUUGUUCACAAACCUUUCAAGGUUCUAUGGUAAGCAAGACAUGCUCACGAUGCUUAUUCGUGCACGUACAGAUUCUUUGAAAACUCGUGAAGAAUUAUAUGAAGUUUCAGAGACAAUCUCAUCUGUUCUUGGCAUUCACGUUCUUAAUAAAAUACUUGCAUUCUCCCUGAGCAAUAGAACAGCUCCGACAAGUCCAAGAACUCAAACUGCUCCUGCAAAUCCAGAUAUAGCUAAUCAAAUUUUUGUACAAUCUAGAGAUAAAAGAUACGAAUUUAAACAUGUUAACACCAAUAUUCCUGUUAAACAAUUGAAGAAAAUGAUUUUUGAUAUAGAUGGAAUUGCAAUCGAUCAGCAAAGACUCUUAUUUCGAGGAAUACAGAUCGAAAAUGAUAAGUUAUUAAAAGAUUAUGAUAUUCGUGAUUUAUGUGUAAUUCAUUUAGCUGUAUAUCCGAAAAAUUGA